ACUGUAAUUUGACAGCCACAUUGCCUCUGUCUACAUGCACUGAACCACUAAAAUUCUUCCUAUCUGAUAAGAUGCAGGAAUCAUCAACACUAUUUUAAUUCAUAUUUACGGAAAAGUGUCUAAUGAGGGCUUUUCUAAUAUCUUAAGCUGUCCAAUUGGCUACUUGCUUUAAAAGCAGUGACAUGUGUUCAUGAGUUUAUUCAACAUUUUGUCUGCAUACAGAUGAUCUUGAGAUGUAUGAAUAAUCCCAACUCAUCCAUAUUGGGUUGUGGUAAUAUAGGAUAUGUGCAUAUUUGUAGUGGAUGACCUCGGGAUUUUCUCGGUUGACAGAAGUACAUCUGUAUCUUCACCAAGAUGACUCAAUAGUCCAAGUAUUUGGAUUUUUCAUUGGAACAUUGUCUUUUAGUUCAAGCAUGUAUAUGUUUAAUACUCUUAAAGGGUCAGCAUCAAUGGCAAUACAGAGAGCAAGUGGAGCUGCUAAUAGAGAGUCAGACUCUAACCCUUUUUCCUUUAAGAAUUUUGUCUCCAAAGAAAAAGAUGUAGCUUCAAAGAAAAAUCGAGUUUUACAGAUAAUUGGCGAUGAGGUACAUGAAGUCAAGCCCAUGUCGGCGCACAGUCUACAAGAUAAUGGCAGCAAUUCACAGUAUGUCUUUGGCUUCACUCCCCCUGGAUCUGACACUUCAGACUCUGAAACCGAAGAGAGACAUAGUAAUGCACUAAAUUGUCACUCUCCUGACAGCGGCAGCGUGCAUUAUGUUGUAGCCUCUGCAAAUAGCUCUCAUGAACAACUCCUGCUAAUAGAGGAAUUGAAUCAGCUUAGAGAAGAUAACAAGAAAUUAAAGAAAGAAGUGGAAGACGUCACUUUAUCACGCGACAAUGAACGAAAAAAAGUUUUCACUCUUCAAAAAAAGCUAGCAAUGAUCGAGAAGAGAGAGGCAGAGGAAACAGCUGCUCUUGAAAACAUGGUCCAGAUGGUGGAGAAAAACUUAGAAUUAACUACGAAACGAGCAUUGAAGGCUGAAGCACAAGUUAUUAAAAUGAAAGAAGAAAUCAAAGGAGCAAAGACUGAAACGGUUCCCAUGGAAACAUACCAGGAACUACUCGACACACAUCAUUCAACACUUACGUCAAUCAAAGCCAAGUCACGUGCUGCAUCUGAUGAGAUGAUUUUAGCAGCUAGAAGAGCUGAGCAGGCCCUUAGGGACCUCUAUUCAGGUGUAGACACACUGAAAAUCGUUUCUUCUGAGCUUCACUACAUUGAUAGAAUCACCGACAUUACCCCGCCAGAUCAUGCAAGCUAACGAUUGGUUGACGAUUAAUCAUCGAUUACUAACGAUGGUCAACGAUUGGUUAAACUAGACACACCUUCAUAUCAUAUCUCACAUCAUUUCUCGGCGAAUUAUGAGUGGAUAAAAAAGCAGAACGCCUUGGGAGAAAAAGAUGAAAAUAAAUUUAUCUAGAUCAAUGAAGAAUAAUGAAUGUAAAAAUUUUCCCACCGUACUUUGGACUGAAAGGUCAUUUUCAAGAUGUUGUGGUGGUAACGACCUGUUGAUUUCAAUGAUGACAGUCAGAAGUCAAAGUGCUUAUGAUGAUAACGAUGACAAUCAAAGACAAUCAACAAAACUAUAUCACUUUAUAAUGCGCUGAAUACAACUAUGAAAAUCUGCAGAAUCUAUAAUUCUUGAUAAAAAAAUUGCCCAAUGAUGAAUAAACAUCGCUAAUAAUCAUGGCAAUUCAAAUGGUAAUGCUACUUUGUAAAUGAUGAUGAUGAUAACAUUUCAGAUAAUGUUGAUGACAAUCCCAGAAUUCCUCAGGAGACUGAAGGUGUUGCAAUUUGUCGUUGAAUCCUUUGUAACGACAUGUCAUUCCACGCGCUGAUGGCGCAGUAUCUCGUUUUCUGCUAAUUUUCUUAUCUUUCCUGGUCUUGAGCCUUCCUACACAUCAAAUUAUGCCACACAUGAAGUAAAUUUAUAGAGAAAUUCCAUUAAAGAUGUCCCAAAUCCCUAUAAAUACAAUUUAUUGAUAUGAAAGUAGAAUGCUAAGCAAUAUUUGUAUAAUAAUUGUAUAUAUAAGUUGUCUGUUAUUUGUGCAAUAAAAGUGUGAAG